UCAUCCACACCGCUGUUGUUGCAGCCAUUUUACCGUGGAGCCUCGGCGCAACGGCUACCGGAGGAUGCCGAAACAGCACCGUUAAAAGGACUACAAACAUGGCUGACGCGGCACGAGGUACCGUGGUUGGCCGGCCAUUGGCAUUCGCCAAUGAGGAGCGGAGGGCAGUUCACUCCUGGUCCCGGAUUUCGUCAGCGGGGCACAAUGUCCUCCUGGAUGCUCUGAAGAUCCUCAGCCCAAUGUCCCAUGACCUCUCAAGCAGCGAGGACCUGGUCACCUUCCUGCACGACCUGAGCGAAGAGGGCCACAAGCCCACUGUGCUGCGUAGCAAAGACGUGUAUGGCUAUCGCUCGUGCACAAAUCAACCUCUGACUGAAGACAUGCUGAAGCCACCCAACAGGAACGUCAGACCCACCGCCAAAAGGAGGGGAAAGAGGCCCUUGGUCAAGAAAAGAGAGGUGCACCCUUCCUGGAACACCUCUGACAAGAGCAGCCCCAGAAUUCAAGGGGUCCGCCCCCCAGAGCUGCUGGUGGACCAUCGUGUCAUCAUCUGCAGCAGGACACCCAGUCGGACUGUAGAGAUGUCGCAGGCACUACAGGUGCGGCCGUGCCUCAGACUGACCAACAUUAAAGGCCUGUCUGGUUUCCACACGGCCAGACUCCAGAUCCACACUUCCUGGGACUCAUCCUCGGAGGCACCAUCUGUUGCCUUUUCACAGCAACAGCACCCUCCAACGCUUUCAGGAAUACCUUUGCAGCCUUCUCAGAACGGUGGUGGAGCACCCACCAAUGCUGUGGCCUUGUUCAGCCAGAAGAGCCUGUCCUGUCCCCUCCGAUUGGAUGCUGCCCUCAUCGGAGAUUCUGCUCCGGUCUUUUACGCUAAUGGCCGGCCAUUCCCAGAGACUCACACAGAGCUCACCAGCAAUGGCUGGAGGAGCAACGGCCUCCACCGGGAUGGACAGAGCCCCAAGGAACUGAACAAUCCGACCCGGCAGAGAAAUGGCUGGAAGGACAAGAACAGUUUUAGAUGGAAAGUGAUAAAGGUGGAUGACUCUCGCUCUGUGGCUGAGGCCCGCAGGAAAGCGCAGAAGAUUCUACAAGUCAAUCUGUCUCCGGUGAUUCAGAUCCAACCUCUCAACCAUGUUUUGAGAGACUUCAGACACCAGAAUAAGUGACAAUUUUCCCCAAACUACCAAACGUUGUUUGUUUAGCAGAUGUUAGUGUUUUACAUCCAUUAGCAUCUACCUGGCUGAGCCCCAGUGUUCAUAGCAAAUGUCUUACCAUGGGCUUUUGUCAUCUCUGCUGAUUGUUGGAGGUAAAGAAAUCAGUCUGUCUCUGGAAGUUCUGCUUCCUGACAGAGGCACUUGGGAUUGAAAGGCAUUUGAAGUUAGGUGAUGCUUUUCCCAGCAGGCUGGGAAAUGACUGUUGGCUGAAUUUUGGUACAUGUUCAUUGUCUACCUUAGUUCGCGAUACUCGAUACUUCUACCAACUAUCAUUCUGCUUUGAGUUGAAUGGCUGCUAGCCAAUGUUGCUGAUGAUUUUGGGAUGCAGCAUCCACUGUGACUGUUAGGUCAAAGGUGAAUUUUCUGCCCAACAAGGCCACUGGGUGAGACUCUUAGUUGUUCAAAGGGUAUAACUCAUUUGAAGUAUAGUGCUGAUUUGUUAAAAAGUAAUUCUUACUUGGGACACCUGGGUGAACCUGUGAAUGAGCAGGGGAAAGUUUUCAAAGUCUUCAAAUGAGCAGAAUGGUUGGUUUGUUCCAGCAAAACAAAUAAACUAAACAGAAGGAGAGAAAAAGAGAAACGUGUUUAGUUUGUCUUCCUUUUUUGUAUUUUUGUUGUGUUUCCACUGGAAAUCAGGAAGGCUCUGGGAGCGAGUACAGCAGGGAAUCAAACCCGCGGCCCAUACAGAGAUAGAUUGAGACCUGGGUGAUUUGUUUGAACUACAGUUCUUCACGAAGUGUUCCUUUGGUUUAGUUUAUCCACAUAUGGAGACAAAAGACUUCUAGAGUACUUUUGACUGUUGGGAACAUUUGAUGUCUUGCAGUGACAAAACACGAAUCAACUGAAGCAACUGCACAAAAGGGAGCAUAUGGAAGAGGACUUGAACCAUGUGGAAACAUUUUGACUUCUGACAUUAACCAUAAAAUCUUUAUUGUGGUAAAAUCCUUAGAUAUAAGGAUAAUAAGUUUAGAUUCUAAAGUUUCUCACAUUUUCUCCUUAUUGAAAAUUACAUUUGAAUCCUAUUUCUUUUUACAGAUGUAUUCUUAGAGUUACAUCUUAAUCACUCAGAAUUUUUCCAUACCAUGACACGGCCCUGGUCCACUUCCAUAAGUUAAAGACGUUUUACACCAGAUACAAAAAUACCAAGAUGUACAUUCGGACUUGGAAAUGACCAUUAGCUACUGGUCUAAUGCUGCUCAAGAAUUACUUUAGUCCAGUAAAUUUCUGUACUACACAGGCAAGCAACUGUUAGUUGGAGAACUGACAUUUGCUGGCAUUUUAAAAUGCUUGUUAAAAUUAAAUUUGAAACUGCAGCUUUAAAAAGUUUAAUCUCCCAUCAGAUCUGUGCUUUGCUCUGUUGAGUUGGUCACCUAACAAAUUUUACAUUCACCCUUUUUUUUUAUCAAACUGUCAUUAAAGUCAUUAAUAUUAUUUCCUGUGACGUAUAGAAAAUAUUUGAAAUGUCUGAAAUUUGAUUGGGCUUUCUUUUAAUCACACUGUUUUUGCCACAGGUGCUAACAUCGUUGGUGCUGAAUUACGCAAUUGGCACAAGAAUGUUCUUCUAGUUAAGAAUGGAGCAUUUAGGAGCAGUGACUUCCUCUAAUUUACUCUCUGAAGGACUGAUUGCACUGCUGCCCCCUGCAGGUUGGGAUGAGCAUGCCAAACCGCCUUGUGUGCUUUCCAAAGAGUUUCUGUGAGGAACCACCUGACACCAUUUCAUGUCAUCAUCUUUGAGAAACCCCUUUGUAUUCCACUGAAAAUUUUUGAAAUGUCUGGACAAAAUUACAUUCUUAAAGACAACUGCAUUGUUACUGAGCACUGCAAACGUUUAUUUUUGAACUUGGAAACAGUGCAUUAACAGAAAGUCUUAACUCAUAGUCUACUUACUUGCGUUUUUCAGAGCUUUUACUGAUCUCAAGACAAUUGUGGAUGAAAGCUCUGAAAAAGCCGAUGUGCAAUGAAGAAAAAAUAACAAGCAUCAGAAAUAUUGACUACUUAAUACUUAAAUCAGCAUAUCUUAGGGUCUAGGUAAAACAGAACUAAACCACCCCUGGCUCAGUAAAUAAGGACAUUUUGCACCAAAAAAUAAAUCUGAAUUUCCAACAUGUGUUUCUUGUUUAAAUGCUGUGGAAUCUGUUACAGGCCACUUGGAAGGAAUAAUUAAUCAGAUUUACAGUGGAAAUAUGCGCUUUCUGACUUGAGAUCCACACACUUUGAAUUAGCAGUCUGUUCCCCUGUUUAAACUGAGACCACAUCAGUGUUUGUUGGUCGGCCCUGCAGAUUUCCACGUCUCUGUUCUGGUGAAUUUUAUGUUUUGGAAGAGUCUCUCAGUUUCUUCAUGCCCCUCUCCGAUCUGUCUGUAUAGUCAAGUUCACUACCGACAACUCCCUUUUCUAGAUCUUCUUUCUGUUAGUCUCGUUUGUGCAAACACUUGUAUAAUAUUGUAUUUCCUACAUGACCUUUGAAAAGUUCUUUUGUUCAAUAAAAUCUGAUC